AUGAAGCUCAUCCACACGCCGACACUUUGGUUGUACCACGACCCGAUUCAGCCCUGUCCUGGAAUCAGGCAAUCAACAGCAACAGACAACAGGGCUGCUGCAAUCCAGCCGAUCUCCUCUCGACAGCAAGCUAUGACGCAAGAGGCUGACUCGCUUGCUCUCGCUCACAGGACACCCUAUGGCCACGGACCGUUUGCAAAACCGCCAGUGUUGUCGAUAGUGCGAUCGUCAGGGGGUCAGAGUCGAUUUGGUUUAGCCCCGCCUCGUUCAUUGAGUCACUCACGACGAGCAUGUGGUGGCAUGGUCGGUGUCGGAUCCUCCCGCCUCCUCGUCCCAUCAUCGGAGAAAAUAACCAAGAACAAUUUCCUGUCUUCGCUUCAGGAUGGCGGCUUUCACACGACAACUGGCCUGGCCCAAAAGGUUUCUGCCAAGCGCUCGGAAAGUGUCGAAGCCGGGACGGUUCGGAGCGUCCAAGACUUCACAACUCAUCAAAACCCUACUCUAGGUACCACUACUCUUGCCCUUGCUGGGUGCGGUGCCGCAAAGGCUCAAGGCGGAUCUGUCAUCAUCUAA